UUUCACCUCUAGUGAUGGCUUAUGUAAUUCGGACUGAGGUGGGAGGGAGAGAAUGGCUGACGGUGGUGGAAAGACCAACUGGUGGAAAUCCUUCACGGUGAAGAAGAAGCCGAAGGAGUUGGCGGAGAUCGGGGCAGGGGCAGAGCAUGUGCAAUCGGCCACAGACAAAACGGGGGCCCAGGAAAACAAACCCCCCAACCUGAUCGAGGACAAGGAGUAUCCAGACUCCAAACUCUUUAACGAGAAAUCCACCCGCAGGAACCUCAACAUUUCCCGCUCAGGGCGCUUCAAAGAGAAGCGCAGGGUCCGGGCUGCUCUACCCGACAGCCCCAAGUUUUUUGAAGACAACACUCACGGGAAGUCACACGAAGAGAAGUAACCCAGAAACAAAACAAAACACAAAACAAUACAAUCCACUCGCCUUUUUUUUCAAAAAAAACAAAAGAAAAGUUUUUCACGUUUCCUAGGAUUUGUCAACAAGACUCUUAAACUGGAGAUUGUUUUGUUUUGCAGCCCCUUAAUUUAAAUAGCGAUGAGCUGAAAUUAAAGUGUCAAUUUAUAAUACCUUGAAUAUUUCAUGAAUUAUGCAUUAAAUAUUUAUUUGUCGUAAUGC